AUGGCUGCGGCGGCCCAGCUCUCCCUAACACAGUUAUCAAGUGGGAAUCCUACAUAUGAAAAAUACUAUAGACAGGUUGAUACAGGCAAUACUGGAAGGGUAUUAGCUUCUGAUGCUGCCGCUUUCCUGAAAAAAUCAGGGCUUCCAGACUUGAUACUUGGAAAGAUUUGGGAUUUAGCUGACACAGAUGGCAAAGGUUUCCUGAACAAACAAGAAUUCUUUGUUGCUUUGCGUCUUGUGGCAUGUGCCCAGAAUGGACUGGAUGUUUCACUGAGUAACUUGAACUUGGCUGUCCCUCCACCAAGAUUUCAUGAUACCAAUAGUCCCUUGCUAACUAGUGGAACUUCUGCCUCGGAGCUCCCAUGGGCUGUAAAAUCUGAAGAUAAAGCCAAAUAUGACGCAAUUUUUGAUAGUUUAAGUCCAGUUAAUGGAUUUCUGUCUGGUGAUAAAGUGAAACCAGUGUUGCUCAACUCUAAGUUACCUGUGGAUAUUCUUGGAAGAGUUUGGGAGUUGAGUGAUAUUGACCAUGAUGGAAUGCUUGACAGAGAUGAGUUUGCAGUUGCCAUGUUUUUGGUGUACUGUGCACUUGAGAAAGAACCUGUGCCAAUGUCCUUGCCUCCAGCCUUGGUGCCACCUUCAAAGAGGAAAACGUGGGUUGUAUCACCUUCAGAAAAAGCUAAAUAUGAUGAAAUCUUCCUGAAAACUGAUAAAGAUAUGGAUGGAUUUGUUUCUGGAUUGGAAGUCCGUGAAAUCUUUCUGAAGACAGGUUUACCUUCUGCCUUACUAGCCCACAUUUGGGCAUUAUGUGACACAAAGAACUGUGGGAAGCUUUCAAAGGAUCAGUUUGCCUUGGCUUUUCACUUAAUCAAUCAGAAAUUAGUUAAGGGCAUUGAUCCUCCUCAUAUUCUUACUCCUGAGAUGAUUCCACCAUCAGACAGGGCCAAUUUACAAAAGAACAUAGGAUCAAGUCCUGUUGCAGAUUUCUCUGCUAUUAAGGAGCUAGACACCCUUAACAAUGAACUAGUUGACCUACAAAGGGAAAAGAAUAAUGUGGAACAGGAUCUUAAGGAGAAAGAAGAUACUCUUAAACAGAGGACAAGCGAGGUUCAGGAUCUUCAAGAUGAAGUUCAAAGGGAGAGUACUAACCUGCAAAAUCUCCAGGCCCAGAAACAGCAAGUACAGGAACUCCUCGAUGGGCUGGAUGAGCAGAAAGCCCAGCUGGAGGAACAACUCCUGGAAGUCAGAAAGAAAUGCUCUGAGGAGGCCCAGCUGAUCUCAUCCCUGAAAGCUGAAUUAACUAGUCAAGAAUCGCAGAUCUCCACUUAUGAAGAAGAGCUGGCCAAAGCUAGGGAAGAGCUGAGUCGCCUGCAGCAAGAAACAACAGAAUUGGAGGAGUGUGUGGAGUCAGGGAAGGCCCAGCUGGGACCUCUUCAGCAGCAACUGCAAGAUUCACAGCAAGAAAUUAAUUCAAUACAAAUGAAAUUGAUGGAAAUGAAAGAGCUGGAAAACCAUAAUAAUCAAUUAAAUUGGUGCAGUAGUCCACACGGCAUUCUUGUAAAUGGCACUACAGAUUAUUGCAGCCUCAGUACCAGUAGCAGUGAAACAGCCAACCUGAAUGAACAUGCUGAAGGCCCGAGUAACAUAGAGUCUGAGCCCAUACACCAGGAGUCUCCAGUAAGAAGUAGUCCUGAAACACUGCCUUGUGGUGUGACUGAUGAAAUCGAAGUGGUGACUGCAGCUGUUAAUGAAAAAGUUUGUCCUGAAUUUAACAGUGACAGCCAUUCAAAAGAGGAAGACCCAUUUACUGUAGAAUCGGGUUCCCUGACAGAUCCAGUUGCAGAUACAAACUUGGAUUUUUUCCAGUCUGAUCCUUUUGUUGGCAGUGACCCUUUCAAGGAUGAUCCUUUUGGGAAAAUUGAUCCAUUUGGAGGUGAUCCUUUCAAAGGCUCAGAUCCAUUUGCAUCUGACAGUUUCUUCAAACAAUCUCCUCCUGACCCCUUUGUCACGUCCGGCACUGACCCUUUCAGUGCAGCCAGCAAUAGCAGUAUAACAUCGGUAGAAACACUGAAACACAACGAUCCUUUUGCUCCCGGUGGAACAGUUGUUGUUGCAGCCAGUGAUUCAGCCACAGACCCUUUUGCUUCUGUUUUUGGAAAUGAAUCAUUUGAAGAUGGAUUUGCUGACUUCAGCACAUUGUCAAAGGCUAACAAUGAAGAUCCUUUCAGUUCAGCCCCACUGAACUCUGCCAACAAUGUGGUCCUUACAAAAAAUGUACUGGAGGAAGCACCAGUCAAAAGUGAAGAUGUACCCCCAGCACUGCCACCGAAGAUUGGAACUCCAACAAGACCCUGCCCACCACCACCUGGGAAAAGACCCACCAACAAAUUGGAUUCUUCCGACCCCUUUAAACUGAAUGAUCCAUUUCAGCCUUUCCCAGGCAAUGAUAGCCCCAAAGAAAAAGAUCCUGAUAUGUUUUGCGAUCCAUUUACUACCACUACCACUACCAAUAAAGAGGCUGACCCAGGCAAUUUUGCUAACUUCAGUGCUUAUCCCUCUGAAGAAGAUAUGAUCGAAUGGGCCAAGAGGGAAAGUGAGCGAGAGGAAGAGCAGAGGCUUGCCCGACUGAAUCAGCAAGAGCAAGAAGACUUAGAACUGGCCAUCGCCCUGAGCAAAUCUGAGAUUUCGGAAGCAUGA